UGCCAAAAUUCCACAACCACGAUGAUGAUGGCGUUGGCGAGGACGACAGGGGCGCUGCUGCUGCUGCGAGCAGUGUCUCGCAAUGCCGCUGUUGGCGUGAUGCGUGGUGUUAACACAACGUCUGCGGCGUUGUCGUCGUCGGUGGCAUCACGGGUCAGCGUGCGUCAGGUGUGCGGGACAAGCAGCUGCCGGUUUGCUGGGUUGCCGGCCAUGGCUAACAUGGCCGCCUUCACCAUGUCCAGGCAGUUUGCCAGCAACACGACCACCCUCCUCGGCAGGCACUUCACAACAGCAUCAGCAACAACCACUGCUGCGGCACGAGCGCCGCUGAUGUCGCUGCUCAUGCAAGCGCGCCAGCCUGCUGUGUCGUCGCCGUCCGCGCUUGUGCAGCAGGUGCGCGGCGUGAAGACAAUGAAGCGGCAAAUCAAGCGCCACUACAGACAGAAGACCAAGUACAAGAUGAAGACAAAGAAGGCGGUUGCGUCGCGGUUCAAGCUGACCAAGAGCGGGCUCAUCAAGUACUGGCGGCGCGGGCGUGUGCACAACUCUCAAGCCAAAUCCAAGAAGACCCACAGACAACUUCGUAAGGCAAAGGUUCUCCGCAGCGGCACCAUGUUCAAGAAGCUCAGGCGAGCCAUGCAGUACUAGCCAAGCAGUCUCCAGGUUGUUCGAAGCUUCAAGGAUGGGAGGGUGUGAGUGAUGGGGGUGUAGCAGGAGAGACUGUGCAAUGAACCGUGUGUGAAUACCAGUCGGUUUGUGUGUGUGUGUGUGUGUGUGU